CACAAGACUUUAGUCGACCAGGCUAGCCUCAUUCACUCAUUUGCCAAAUUGGCUUUACGGGUUUCCUGCUGUGAUAAAAUGCAGCCCAAAAUAUAAUUUUUUAAAAAUUACAGCUUAUUAUAAAUCAGAAUCAGAUUCACUGCAAUUCAUUGUUUCAAUACAUUAAUACUCUGUUAAUUGUAUACUCCUCCACGAAAAACCCUGAUUAAUUUUUUUUUUAUUGUAAAAUUUUCUGUUGUAUUUGUUGCGAAAAUUUCUGGUAUUAUAAGCUCAAAAAUAAUGGGGAGAAGCCGGCAAAAGAAGCAGAAUAACUCCCAACGCCACCGAGAAGAAGAUGAUUGCACUGUAAUUCCUUUAAGCGAAAACCCCAGAAAACAAGCUGAUCAUCAUCAUCAAGAUGAUCUUGAACAAUCCCAAACCCCUUCAACAUCAAAUUACAGGCCUUCUAAUGGAAUUAAAUUCAGAUGGGUGUCCAAAAAUCGGGUUUCCGGUGUCGAUAAAUCGGGUUGUGGGCCUGAAGUUGAGGUGGGUGGGUCCAGUUCUGGGCAGAAAUCUGAAGUGGGUGGGUCCAAUUCUGGGGCGGUUGAAGGUUGGCAAGGAUUAGAUGAGAGAGAAAGUGAGGUAGGAGAGAGAUAUUGUGAAGUUGAGGAGGAGAAGAAUGAAGGGUGUGAGUUGAGUAAGGAGGGUAAUGGUGUUGAAGAUGUUGUUAGAAGAUUGGAAGAAUUACAAUUUGAGGUUGAAGAAGUGGAGUUAUCUGAAGAACAGAUUAAAAUUAAUGAUCAAGCUCAAGAGGAUGAGUUGCUUGCAAUGGAGUCCAUAUAUGGAGACAAUGUCUAUGUCCUAGAAAAGCGACAAGGUUUGCGAUCUUUCCAGAUUCACAUACACAUUGAACUUCCUGGCGAGUAUCCUGUAUCAGCAAAACUAAAGGCAGAUACUCGCACUAAUUCCAAAUCGCGCGACUCUGAUGAAUUCUUAUACACUUUCAAAGUUCAGUAUCUGUCACCUAUUGUAUUGACAUGUUUGUUGCCUGUAUCGUACCCAAGUCAUUGUCCACCUUCUUUUACAAUCUCAGUUCAGUGGUUGCAUGAAUCAAGAAUUUCCAACCUUUGCUCCAUGCUAGAUUUAUUGUGGAAUGAGCAAGUAGGGCAAGAGAUCCUGUACCAGUGGGUGGAAUGGCUACAUAGUGCAUCUCUUUCAUAUCUUGGCUUUGAUGGGGAACUUAUGCUUGGACCAUACGAUGUGAAAAGUGUUUCAGACAGGCGGGCUUUUUCUGGAAGUGUUUCUCCUGACAUAGAUAUACCCUCAAUGAGGAGUUACAAUGAAGAGAGACGACAUGAAAACUUCCUCAGUGGCUGUCAUGAAUGUUGCAUUUGUUUCAGCGAAUAUGCAGGGACAGAGUUUUUGAGAUUGCCAUGCCAUCACUUCUUUUGUGUAAAAUGCAUGACGACUUAUGCUGAUGUGCACGUGAAGGAAGGCACAGUAAAUAAGCUGCAAUGUCCCAACACCAAAUGUGGUGGUAUGAUCCCUCCUGGUUUAUUGAAACGACUGCUGGGUGAUGAAGAGUUCGAACGUUGGGAAUCAUUGAUGCUACAAAAAUCCCUUGAUGCAAUGCCUGAUGUAACUUAUUGCCCCAGAUGUGAAACAGCAUGUCUAGAAGAUGACGACCAGCAUGCUCAAUGCUCAAAGUGCUUCUUUAGCUUCUGUUCUCUUUGCAGGGAACGACGUCAUGUGGGGAUAGCAUGCAUGACCCCAGAGAUGAAGCUUAAAUUCUUGGAGGACCGCCAAAAUUCAUCCCUUCUUAAAGAUGCACAAAGACGCAAGGAGCUUGAUAUGAUUAAUGAACUUCGUAGUGUGAAGGAAAUACUCCGUGAUGCCAAGCAAUGCCCAUCCUGUAAGAUAGCUAUUUCUAGAACUGACGGGUGCAACAAGAUGGUGUGUAGUCAGUGUGGGCAGUACUUUUGUUACUGUUGCAGCCAAGCAAUUAGUGGAUAUGAACAUUUCAGGGAGGGAGCUUGUCAACUUUUUCCUCAAGAAGCAAUUGUGCAAUGGGAAGAGCAUAUGAAUGAGCGUCAAGUCAUUGGGCAGAUUCAAGCUCAUCUUUUUGCUGCAAAUGCACGGCCUUGUCCUGGAUGUAAGCAGUUGAAUGUCAAGGUUGGAAACAAUAAUCACAUCUUCUGCUGGGCAUGCCAAAACCAUUACUGCUACCUUUGCAGAAAGAUGGUGCGACGUAGCUCUGAGCAUUAUGGACCAAAAGGAUGUAAGCAACAUUCAGAAGGGUAGAUGGAUCAAGGAGAGGGAAAUCUAGUAAUUGUCUACCUUGAGGUCAGCUGAAACUUUCUUCUCCCGUUUUGUAGGGAAAGCAGUGCUGUCUUGGUGAAUUCAAUUUCAUACAUUGAGUUCUACAUGUAAUGUGGAAUUCUUUAGUGGUAUUUCGAUGAGUUUCGCUCAAGUUAUGUAGUAUUUUAUAUAUUUAUUUGUGUGAUUUACCGCACUAGAUGAGUCAGCAACAAUCAUCUUAUUGAGGAAACCAUAAAUUUCUUGCUACAUAUGAGUUUUUAGGUUUUUUUUUUUUUUUUUUUCCUUUUUGGAACAGUAUUUAUUUACAUUUAAGUCCUACAGAAAUACAGAAUACAGCAAUUGUUUUACAGUUA